AUGCAAGUCUUGAAUACACCACAUGUUAGCUUGCGAUGGGAUGCCAGAUGGGUUGCAAUCCUAUAUUUUGAUUAUCAGAGAAGUAUUUGUUUCAGUACAAGAGGAAGACUCUACGAAACCAUUCAGACAUUGUAUUUGACUAACUUGGUGCAAUCGUUCAGGUCGAUUUUUUACGCCUCUCCAGAGUGGUCACGGCGAAGCAAGUUUUCUUCUGCACACGAAAAGUACUUUUGUGAAAGUUGGCGAACGGAUAUUAUGAAUGCGGAUGCUACUGAAGAGGUGGAUUGGGAGGAUAACCUUCCAGGUGCCCAGUUUUUAAGCGAAUGUGAUCAAUCAAUAGAAGCUGAAAUUUCCAAUGUGCAGAAGACUGAGAAGGUCCUUGAUAUGACGGCCGAGGACAUCCUUGCACUCAAGGUCGGCAUCCUUCCAGAAAACAGCAUGGUGUUUAUAUUGUUGCACCGCGCUCAAGGUGGACUUCGGGAUCGGAGGGCACGUCGGAUGAAGCCUUCCGAGGCGUAUGAGUCACCCGAGGUAAUGAUCACGCGAGGCACUGUUGGUCUCUGCGCAACCCGUCGGAUGUUCGCCUCGGGUGCUUUGUAUCUAUGA